AUGCAAUUCUCUACUGUCGCUUCCAUUGCUCUAACUGUUGCUGUCGCUUCUGCCGCUUCUUCUUCUGACGAUAUUACUUACGUUGAUGUCACCACUACUCCAGAAGUUACUACAUCUGCUGUCUCUACUGUCAAGACUACUUCUACACCACAUACUACCACUACUCUAGCUGUCAAGACAUCUGCUAACACUACAUCUAGUUUCUACUCUUCUAUCUCUGUUAACAGUACAUCUCACAGUGUUCUUGAACAAGAAGAUGGUGCUGCUGUCAACACCUACGGUGCUGGUGCUUUGAUUGGUGCUCUAGUUGUCGCUUUAUUGUAA